AUGAAUAAAACAAUGAGAAUAGCACAUGAGACUGGCAUCACUUUAUCCGAGAAAGAUGGUACUGGAACUGCAAUACCUGCAACAGCAGACAAGACAGAGGUAGUAGGUGUCAGGAGACCAUCAGAGAACACCAAAGAACAUCCCAAAAAGCAGACUCCCAGAGUGAACUUCGAUAGGAUAUUCUUAACUGUCUCGUUUGGAGCUUUGUUGUCGAGUUUGGAAAAGCUUGAAACAUUGGUGUUUGUUCGUGUGAGUGAUAGCAAAUCAUCACUAUCAGCUAGCUCUCUAGCAUACUCUUUGCUUCCAGGAAUUUUAACCCCCUCAGGUCCAAAUUUCAAAGUUCUUGCGAUCUUGGAAUAUAUGGCAAUUUGUCCACCUUCAUUGUUAUUUGGUCCUACGCUAAGGACAAUCAGCGCGUAUUUGAAGAUGACAAUGAUGGUGAAUAGCCAAAAGAUACAGGAUGCAGCUCCAUACACCUCACUCUUUGUAGGACUUGGGUUGUCGCUAAAUAUGGUAGAGAGCGUAUAUAAAGGAGACGUACCUAUGUCACCAUAG